GUCAGUUGAAGAAGUGCAGAAAAUGAAAUUUAAUGAGAUAUAAUGGGGCAAAGGACAUUUCUCUUACCCCUUUCUAUUGUUAUUCACGCAACAAUCGUUUCAAUUUGAGUGUUUAUCUCACAUAAACAUUACCUCUCACUUCCAUUUAUGUAGUAAAUGCACUGAGCAAAUCACACUUGUCUGACUCCUUUCUAUUGUUAUUCACACAACCGUCUGUUUUUCCAUUUCUUCUCUCAGGCUUCUUCCAUUUUUUCACGCAACUACUGAACUACCCAUGCUUUUUAGUUGGGUUCACCACUUUCACUUGUUUUUCCCCCAAAAUAGAAGACGACCAAGAAGCCGGCCAUUUGCAACCCGAAGCCCGUCAUCAUCUACGAAGCCCGACGUCGACUCCAGUAACUCCGGCCUAGAAACCCAUAUUUUUUGGGUUCGAUUUGCAGAGAGGCUCACUGGGAGAAGCACACAUUUUUGGCAAGGGCAGAAUCAGCAGAAAGAGGAAGAUUGUUUUGCUGGGUUCGAUUUCGAACAGUACUUCACCAUGGGUGGUUAUGAAAUUCCACUACGACUCGAGCUUCGAAAAUGCAGGGGGUUCUUAUUUCGGGAUGGAGGGUGUGGUUUGAAUGGAGGAUGGGCCAACGUGACUAAUCUUGAUUCAACUGGAGUUCCAAGUUCAAGUAGGCUUGAGGGAAAAUACAAGGCAAUGGUGGCUUCUUGGAAUGGGAUCCCUUGUUUCAUGGAACUAUAUGCUGACAAUAGGAGAUUGCUACCAUUAUUUAUUCCCAGUUUUGUUUUAUAUGAACGAAAUGGUGCAAGAACAAAAUAUCGUCACACUCAAGAUCCGAGCAACACUGGAGAAGGGGCCAAGAUGAAAUGAAAUUCUGUCAGUAGUUCAUUCUACUGAAACAAGAGGCAUAGAGUAUGAAUAAGGAACAAAUUUUGGAAGAAUAAAUUCUUGGUAUAUAACAAUGAUAGUAACACUGGAAACGUAAAAUUUUCCUCAAUUAUGUUAGAUAGCCACAUAGUUUGACACAAAACUUGACACAAUGAUGUGGAAAAUGGAAAAAAAAAAAAUUUAAUAAACAGAAAGAAAAAAAUUGGCGCCGGUGAAAAACGUGUGAAAUUUGAAAUUUUUAAAAUCGGCCCACUUGUUAAACCCGACCCAAAAUGCCCGACCCAAGCCCAUUUCAUCUCCAAUUCAGAUUUUCAGUUUCCCUUUUUAGCUCAUUUGGCUCUCUUAUGUUGCCCUAAAUGCCUCUACCCGACGACUUGAGUCUACCGUCAUUUUGCGAAAUGAGCUCUCCGUUUCAGAUUCUCAGAUCCCCCUAGCCGCUCACUUGGCUCUAAAAUCUUCCCCGAAAAGCUUCUACUCUGCGACUCUGAAUAUACCGUCGACGGCACGCUCGUCCAUUUGCCCUAAUGUUACUAAGUUGCUAUUCAAUUGGUACCGAUUAGCAGAGAGCUUAGGUGAAACACCGUCGAAAUACUCAGUGUUUCAGUUCUGAGACGGUCAGGCACUUCUCGUUGAUUCGUAAUUGCUACCGCAUAUCGUCUUCGACCACACCUACAGAUAUCUCAGGUUAAAAUGAGAGGGAAGAAUUAUGGAGUAUGCCAUAGUUGUAGAUUGAAGGGACAUUUUUUUUGCGGAAUGCCCGAAUAAACGACCUUGCCCAUGGUGUAAACAUGCGUUUUUGAAGUGCUUCGAGGUGGAGAAGAACACUGAAAACAAAGGCAAAUUGUUCGAAAGGUGCAGCGUGAAAUGUGGUUAUUGGGAGUGGGUGAAAACGAAGGAAACGGGUGCUGAAUCAAGUUUAGUCACCAGCACUCCGGAUCUGUCUUGCAUGUUCGAAACACGAUGCCGAAUAACUGGUGAUCAAGACAUGGAGAUUGCUAUGAACGUGACCAUACGCAAACGAGGAGAGCAUGUCACCAAAUGGGAGAAGAAUGGACAAUCGUCGGCCUGAGCUAAACUUUAUUCGUUUCGAAUGAAAUUGUAACUCAAAUUAUGUAAAUGAAAUUAUUGCUGGGAGUAUCCAAAUUAUCCUGUAUGCACUACAAUCUUGAAUUAUCUUCCAUAAUGAUAUGUUCCGUUUCCUAGAAACUAAUUUAACAUACAUCAGUUGUAAAGUUAAAUAUACUCGUCCAGAAUGUGACAAAGAAUGCUCUGUGGUCUAAUGAGUUGUCAAUUUCCAUUGUGUUCUGUCAUCAA